CUAGAAGCAGGCUGCUAUAAGUGGGAUUGACGGAUGAUCGGAGUUAGAAGAGAACAUCUAGCAGGAAGGCAUCUAUCAGACCGUGUGGUUAAUUGGUUAAACAUCAUUCCACUUGGGAUGGAUUGCGUGGGCCCUUGGGUACGCUCGACAGCUUACCCGUUUUUCCGACAUUGCAUGAAAGCGCCUUGACAAGUUAGUUCGCUGAUCCUUCACUGGUACCAGCAAGAUGGCUUUUGAAGUGGUACAGGGUUGGGCAGAUAGUCUGUCCAUGCCGAUACAGAAUUUCACAAUUGCGGUGAUUCUGUUCUCGGCCUACCCUCUCGCCUACAUAUACUCUUACAUCCCUUCGACCCUCCCAACUGCCAAGCAUUUAUUUUCCAUUUUGCUCACCAUCACGCUCUGCCUUACUCUCGUUGACCCAUGGCUCUAUGUUCAACUUCUGUCUGCUUGUCUUGUUGCAUACACCGUCGUGUCCAUAAGCCGGGAGAGCGUGUGGGCCCCAGUCUCAGUCUUUUUAGGAAUGAUGGCCUUCUUGAGUGUCCAUCAUCUAGAAAACCAAAUAUUUAACCCGGAUUCUGGAGUAGCUGACAACACAGCCCCUAUCAUGAUGAUGGUUAUCAAAAUGAGCACAUUUGCGUGGGCGGCUCAUGACGGAACAAAAAAGGACACGUUGCUGUCCAGAGAGCAGCAGAGAACCGCGAUAAGAACGAUGCCAAAUCUGAUCGAGUUCCUCGGAUACGCCUUCUUCUUUGGCGGAUGGUUUGUGGGCCCGGCAAAUGAUUUCAUUGAGUAUCGGAGAUUCACGCGAGGAGAGCCCCCGUUUGACAAAAUUCCCCCACGUGGUCUUCCAGCGUUUAAAACAUUGUUGGUAGGGCUUUUUACCAUAGGGAUUUACAUGAAGUUUAGCGAGCCGUUAUCACAUUAUGGAGCAAUCACUCCAGAAUUUAUGAAACAGCCCUUUUGGUUUAGAUUGUUGUACAUUAAUCUUGCAGGCAACGUUGUUCGCUGCAAAUACUAUGGUGCUUGGAAGCUUGCGGAGGGUGCUUGCAUUAUCUCUGGGAUCGGUUAUCUUGGACCCUGUCCUCGCAACCCAACCAAAAUGCUGUUUUCACGCGUUCAAAAUGCCGAUCCACUCCGUCUCGAACUGGCGCAAUCUCCCCGCGAGUACAUUGGUGCAUGGAAUCAACAAACAGGAAAAUGGCUUCGAGAGUGCGUGUAUCUUCGAUUGGCACCUCAACAUACCCCCGCUAAAUCUACUGACAACGCGCGCUCAAAACAUCAAAAGCCGAAAGAGAAAGGGAAAGCUAUAGCGUUGGCGAAUGUAGGGACUUACUUCACCUCCGCCUUUUGGCACGGUUUCCGACCUGGCUACUAUUUUACCUUCUUGUCGGGAGCGAUGGUAACGAUUACAGGACAACUUUUACGCCGUAAUUUACGCCCACUGGUUACACAACCUUCUCGCUUGGCCACCUACAAGCCGCUCUACGACUUUGUUGGCUGGCUUGGUACGCAAAUCUCCAUCAACUACAUUUGCGCCCCGUUUCCCGUAUACACUAUCCCUAAUGGAAUCCAGGUGUGGAAGUCCGUUUAUUUCAUGGUACAUAUAUGGAACGUGGCAGCGUUGGUUGCAUUUGGCAUCCUUGGAGGUGGAAAAUUAUGCAGACGGAUUGGUGAACUCGUCGGCGCAGAUUACCAUGGCCAUAAGCAUCUUGGGACAGUUGGGAAAGUUGAGGUUGAGAAGAGCGUGAGGGAUAGUGCGGAUGUUUUCGUGACUGGCGAAGAUGAAGAGGUGAAAGAUGUGAAGGACCAUGACAAUGAUUUGAAGAAGGACAACUAGCGUAGAGCCUUGUUGAAUAGUUUGAUACGAAUCUAAUUUCUAGCGUUUAAUCCACUAAAACACUUGACCGUGACCGUGGCUGAACAUGGGGCAAAACUCAGUUUUCGGCCUUUAGCUGUUCAAUGUCAUGGCAUAUUAUACCAUCG